AUGCGGAACCUGAACAAUGUGAGCGACCCGGAGGCUUUCAACGGCAAGGUAAGGGGGCUACUGACCGGGCUGGUCGAGGAGGCUUACACGGUGCCAAAGCUGUACACGACUGGAGAGAUGGGACUAGAGGAUAAGACAAAGCUGUAUGGAUUGGUGCAAUGCACGAGGGAUCUAUCACGACCGAGUGCAAGGAGUGUCUCGAGGGCGCAAUGGGCGAGCUUCCGAGCUGUUGUGAUGGGAAGGAAGGGGGGGCGAGUGGUUGGCAAGAGCUGCAACUUCCGAUAUGAGAUUUACCCUUUUAUCAAUGUUUAA